CCUGGCUGCUCUUCAUGUCCAUCUGAUAUUCAUCAACUCUGGAGUCAACCUGCUGUUAGAAGAACAGACAACCUCCUGGUGGUCUAAAGUGUUCAGAGACAAAUCAGCACAGUUCUACCAGAGUGCUGUGGACAAGGCCUUACAGAGUCCAAAUGGACACCUGGACUUGUUCCUCCGCUUCCUCCUGGGUCUUUCUCUGGAGACCAAUCAGUAUAUCCUACGAGGUCUGAUGACAAAGACAGGAAAUAACUCACAGACCAAUCAGAAAACAGUCAAGUACAUCAAGAAGAAGUUCAGUGAGAAUCUGUUUGCAGAGAGAUAGCAUCAAUCUGUUCCACUGUCUGAAUGAACUGAAUGAUGGUUCUCUAGUGGAGCAGAUCCAAUGGUCCCUGAGAUCAGGAACCCUCUCCACAGAUGGACUGUCUCCUGCUCAGUGGUCAGCUCUGGUCUUCAUCUUACUGUCAUCAGAAGAAGAUCUGGACAUGUUUAACCUGAACAAAUACUUUGCUUCAGAUGAGGCUCUGCUGAGGCUGCUGCCAGUGAUCAAAGCCUCCAACAAAGCUCUACUGAGUGGCUGUAAUCUGACAGAGAGAAGCUGUGAAGCUCUGUCCUCAGUUCUCAGCUCCCAGUCCUCUAGUCUGACAGAGCUGGACCUGAGUAACAACAACCUGCAGGAUUCAGGAGUGGAGCUGAUCUCUGUUGGACUAAAGAGUCUAAACUGCACACUGGAGACUCUCAGUCUGUCAGGUUGUCUGAUCUCAGAGGAAGGCUGUUCCUCUCUGGCCUCAGCUCUGAGCUCCAACCCCUCCCAUCUGAGAGAGCUGGACCUGAGCUACAAUCAUCCAGGAGACUCAGGAGUGAAGCUACUGUCAGAGGGACUGGAGGAUCCUCUCUGGAGACUAGAAACUCUCAGAUUCCUGUGAACUCACACUGGACACAAACACAGUGAACAGAAAACUC